CCUUUAACAAAGACAACCGCUCUCACACCGACCUAACGCAGCAGACGCGCCCGGUGGGAAGCGCGCGCCCGCAAGCCCUGCGCACACCCGCGCCCGCGCACACGCACACGCACGUUCCCGCUCACACGGCCACGCGCUCCCCGCCGCUCCGCUGCCCGCGACUCCUACCCUGCGGAGAAAGCCUGUGGGGUCUUGCCUUCUUCCUGGAAGGUCUUCGGAGCCCAGCCACCAUGAGUGAGAUUCCUAAGGACUCCUUGAAGGCCUUUCUGUUGGAGUUAGAAUGUCACUUUACCUGGAAUUUACUUAAGGAAGACAUUGAUCUGUUUGAUGUGGAAGAUACAAUUGGACAACAGCUUGAAUUUCUUACCACAAAAUCCAGACUCACUCUUUAUAACUUACUGGCCUAUGUGAAACACCUAAAAGGCCAAAAUAAAGAUGCCCUGGAGUGCUUGGAACAAGCAGAAGAAAUAAUCCAGCGGGAACAUUCAGACAAAGAGGAAGUACGAAGUCUGGUCACUUGGGGAAACUACGCCUGGGUGUAUUAUCACAUGGACCAGCUUACAGACGCUCAGAAGUAUAUAGACAAGGUAGGGAAUGUCUGCAAGAAAUUGUCCAGUCCUUUUAACUACAAGUUGGAGUGUCCUGAGAUUGACUGUGAGAAAGGGUGGGCACUCUUGAAAUUUGGAGGAAAGUAUUACCAAAAGGCUAAAGCAGCUUUUGAGAAAGCUCUGGAAGUGGAACCUGACAAUCCAGAAUUUAACAUCGGCUAUGCUAUCACAGUGUAUCGGCUGGAUGAUUCUGACAGAGAAGGUUCUAUAAAGAGCUUCUCUCUGGGUCCUCUGAGGAAGGCUGUUACCCUGAACCCAGACAACACCUACAUUAAGGUUUUCCUGGCACUGAAGCUUCAAGAUGUACAUGCAGAAGCUGAAGGGGAAAAAUAUAUUGAAGAAAUCCUGGACCAGAUAUCAUCCCAACCUUAUGUCCUUCGUUAUGCAGCCAAAUUCUACAGGAGAAAAAAUUCUUGGGACAAAGCUCUUGAGCUUUUGAAAAAGGCCUUGGAGGUGACACCGACCUCUUCUUUCCUGCAUCACCAAAUGGGCCUUUGCUAUAGGGCACAAAUGAUCCAAAUCAAGAAGGCCACGCGCAACAGACCUAAAGGAAAAGAUAAACUGAAAGUUGAUGGGCUGAUUACAUCUGCUAUAUUUCAUUUCAAGGCGGCUGUGGAACGAGACUCGAUGUUUGCGUUUGCCUACACGGAUCUGGCCAACAUGUAUGCUGAGGCAGGCCAGUAUAGCAAUGCUGAAGACAUUUUCCAGAAAGCCCUUCGUCUGGAGAAUAUAACUGAUGAUCACAAACAUCAGAUCCACUACCACUAUGGCCGCUUUCAGGAAUUUCACCGUAAAUCAGAAAGUACUGCCAUCCACCAUUACUUAGAAGCCUUAAAGGUCAAAGACAGGUCAUCCCUACGUACCAAAUUGACAAGUGCUCUAAAGAAAUUGGCUACCAAGAGACUUGGUCACAAUGCUUCAGAUGUGCAGAGUUUAAGUGCCCUAGGGUUUGUUUACAAGCUGGAGGGAGAAAAGAGGCAAGCUGCUGAGUACUAUGAGAGGGCCCAAAAGAUAGAUCCAGAAAAUGCGGAAUUCCUUACUGCUCUCUGUGAGCUUCGACUUUCCAUUUAACUACAUACUCUAGGAAAUGAGUUCUAAAGCUCUUCUCUCUAUUUUGGGUUCUUAUAUUUUUGUUUAUUGUUUUAAUCCAUUGUUCAUUACAGAGCCAGUUUUUAUUGAAUGGUUAUUGUGUACCAGGCAUCAUUUAAAUACUUUAUAUACAUUAUGAUGAAUCAUUUACUGUUUUCUACUUUUUUUAAUUAAAAUACUAGAAUCCAUUAAGAAACAGCAACAUUCCAGCUGUACGUAACUUUUAAAAAUGGCAUGGCCAUUAUGACUUUAUAUCCCUUAUCUCUGCUAUUUAUAAUAGUUUUCUGGUUAAGUUUUGUCAAAUUUUCCAUAUUACUUAUGCAGUGAGUAUAAUCCUACAUAAGCCUUUGACACCUAGGUCAGGAACACUCUUUCAGGGGUACAAAAUUAUGUUAGUUAAGCUCUUACAUAAUUACGUAGCUUGCAAAAGAUUGAACUUUCCAGUUAUAGGUGUUCUGACUUAGAUGAGGAUAUUUAACUAUCAACCAGAUAGUCACCUAAAAAAUCCUCUUCGUUGGAAGAAAAAAGUUCAUAAUAAAAAGUUUGUCAUCUUUGAUGACUUCAAUAAAAGAAAAAACUAGAACAUGAGGAAAAAAGGUUUCCUCAAAUACAGAACUUCAGCAACCCAUGAGAAAUCAGAAGUAUUAACUCCCAAAAUGUUCGUUAAGUAGCUAGAAAUAGUUAUGAGAAAAAAAUAAUAGAAAAUAAUUAGUCUCAAGUUUCUCUGGUUCUUUUAACUAGAAGAAUAAACCUAAACUGAAUCUAGGUGGAAGUAAUUUUAUUUUUUCCAGUUAGAAUUGCCGUAUUUUUAGGUUAAAAUCAUUGAGAUGGAAAGCAGACCACUUGAGAAAUUGGGAAAAAUGAUAAGCAAACGGGUAUAGUAGAUGUCUGUAGAAUACCAAGAUUUCAGUGAUUUAGUUUUGGGUCUGGACUGGGUAGAGUUCUUAUACCCCCAAUUUCUGGCCUUUGGUUAACUGUUUUAGUAUUCCAACUUACUUCUGUGAAGCUUUUUCCUUUGUCUGAAGUUUUCAGAUUGACAUGUUUUCCUAUAGAUCCUCCAGGAAUAGUUAGGCCCUGCUUUCAGUUCUUAUACCUAAUUUAAAGGGUCACUGCUUAAGGGCUCUUAUUCCAGGAGACUUUUUAAAUUGGGAUGUUGCUGAAAGUGGCUUCUUUAAUGUUUCUUUGAUUAUAGACUACACAAUUGUAUUUACCACCACAGUAUUAAUGGGAGAGUGUCAUGUGAUUUAGUUCUCUAUACCUCUGUAGCUCUUAAAACUAAUGUGUUUGUGUGUUUUGUUUUUGUUUUUGUUUUUUACUUUUUGCUAUUUUUAUUUUUUAAAUUUGUAUUAUGGUUUUGAUUAUGUAAAAGUAGUGAGUUCUCAUUGUAAAAUUUCAAAUAAUGCGGAAGUAUAUGAAUUUAAAAGUAAGAGCACUCCCCUCAUCCUGCCCCAAUUCUGCACCCCCAAGGUAAACUGUUAACAAUUUGAUAUGUAUCCUUCCAGAUAUUUUUUUUCUAAGCAUAUUCAUACAAACAUAGAUACUGCAAUGUAUUUCAUGAAUUAAAUUUUUUUAAAUGUUGUUUUACUUAAGUCCCCACUGUUUUUGUUUAUUUUGCUCAUUUUAUUUGUUUAUUCAAAAAGAGAGAACAGGGAAGGGAGUGACUUUACUGAAAUAUUUUAGAAGCUUAGGACUGGAAGUCCUGACCCAUUAGUAGAAGAUUUGUCACAUUUUGCAGCAAAUAUUUUGCAGCAGGUCAUUUUCUCUCAUUGGAAAUAAUGUAAUCAAGGUUAUGUUCCCAGGUAGGCAUUGACAUGCAAUGAAAUAGUUAAGGUAUCAAAACAAAGAUAUAACUAUAAGCUUCUAUAUUUAAAUAUUAGACUUUAAGGUCUAUUAAAUAACUUUAAAAUUUAGUAGAUAUUAAAACAUUGAAAUGUAUAAGAAGUUACAACAGGCUAAGAAAGCAUAAAAUCAGCAUAAGAAAAAAUACAACUGAAAUAUUAAACUAAAAUUACUGUUUAUAAUAACUUUAAAUUUUGUCUAUAAUUAUACUUGCUUUCCUAAAAUUCAUAUCUAUUUAGAAAUAAUUUCAUACUCUUGGGUUUAAAAACAACCUCAGAGUUGACCGUUAUCAGCCAUCAAAAUUUACCCAAAUUUUGAUGGCUUGAAUUAUCUUCCUAAACAAUAAUUUCAUCUUCAGAGAGCCCUUAUUAGAAAUUUAUUCCUUCCAUUUAACUGAAGACAUAGAGCCUGAAGUUUACAUAUUUUGGUCUGUCUUUCGGGACCUCAAAGAUCUAUUCUUUUUUAGACAAACCAAAAAUAUGCCCAGGGAAGUGGUUGUAAUUGCCCCUCAGGGCCAUGUGACCCUUUAGGAAGAGAGAAGCGCCUCUUUCCCGAAUCUUCAGGGCGCUCUUGGAAACUCCUGUUCAGUAAAGCUCUGCCACCAGCGUCCCAAAAGCUGAGAAAAACCCUUUCAACAGGUGAAUCAGCGGGCAGUCAUGGAGCUCGUAAACACAUUUUCUGUCUUCUCUGGGUGCAGAACUAGUCUCAGCAGCUGAUCACGUGCUAUCUGCCAGAGUUUCAAGGACAAUAUAGGCAGUCACUGUUCCUUUCUAGAUUGAGUCCAUACAAGUUAUUUCAAGAAAAACUGCAUAAAACCACAGAACUUUAGAACCCUGCCUGCUCCAACCACCUUGAUUGAUAAGAAAGUUGGGACCCAGAUUGCUGAUGUGACUUAAGAUUUCACAACACUGGCAUCCAUCAUUGCAUUUGAACUGAGGCCAUGCUUCCCAGCAUGUCAGAGAUACCAACUCAGGUCCUGACCUAGGAAAGGCAGAACUCCUCUGACAGGUGACUUAGGCUCAAGGAUUCCCCACCAGCCUUGCCAAAUUUUCCUUAAAACUUUACUGUAGUCUAAGAUGCUUCCACCCAACUUUUCUACCUUCUCUCCCGCACUUGGAGUCAGAUCUGCAUGACAGUCCAGCGGCUCCCCCAGCCUCUCCCUGCUCCCUUCCACUUUCUCUCACGGGUGUUACCCUAAUAAAUUUAUUGUAUUAAAUCCUAUCUUGUAUCUGUUUUGGAGGUCAAAUUAACUCACCUGGUGAAAUAAAUGUAAUUAGAUGAUUAAUUGGCUGUAGGGCAAAUUAUCUUUACAUACUAUAAAUGCCAUUUAUUGUUUUUCAACUUUUGGAUCAGUAAUUAUGGUUAAAGAACAGAAGAUAAAUCUUUCCAACCUUGAUAAUAUUUAGUGUUUGAUUUGGAAAAGAGAAGGGGGAAAGAGGUUAAGGGAAGGGUAAAGACCAAAAAAAAAACCUCAUCUUACAAAAAGGGAAGUUAACCGAUAUAGUUAAAACUUGAUGAAAUAAGAAAGUUUUGAGUGUUACUGAAAUAAUAAAAUCAGCUGAUAAGGUAAAAAUUGAAACAUAAAAGCAAAAAAAAUAAUGGGAGGAAUUGGAAUAGGAGGAUUUCUUUAAAUUCAAUAAUUAAUCCUCACUUAACAUAGCAGAAAAUAAA